AUGACCUCUGAGAGCCUCCGCGAACACGCAAUGGAUGCACAGAGAUACGACUUCUCUAAGCGUCGUAAGCCUUCUGCCCUUACGAUAUGCACAACAGCCACGACUGGCCAUCGGAUACAGUCAGAAGAUACUAAACAGCUCACCGAAUCGCCAACCCUCUUCUUCGGAGAUAUUUGGGAUAACCACGCCAUCGCCGUGCUCUCCACCGCCUCCCCUUCUUCGGAGGAACUACCGAGGACGGCCACGACCGAUUCGUUCUCCGAGACAGUGGAGUCGUCUACCUCGACUCUGGUAGUCUCAAACACCAUCUUCACGCAGAGAAAUGAAAUGCUCUCGACAGACGUCUUCGAGCAUGAUGGGUACACCACCACGCGUACCAUCAUUCGGCCCACACCCGUACGAUCGAACAUCCUCACCCUCGUUACUCGGCCAUCCUUGGAGGACCUGAAAUCUCCGAGCCGCGCGGCAAGCAUUCCGGUCCUUCGGCGGCUCCGCAGCCUGAACUGUAUCAGCACUGUCGAUGCGUUUGAGGAAGAGAUCGAUUUCAUUCAGGCGGAACGCGAGAAGCAAAUCGCGGGCCUGAAUGCCGGUUUGAAGAUACGUGUCGAACAGGACUGUAAUGUCUAUGUGGAAGAGAGGUGGAGGGAGGGUAUACAGGCCAUGCUUUACAACAGCUUCCCACAGCCAGUCGUAGGACAGGUCGUGACUUGCUGA